AUGCUAAGAGACCCAAACUCCGCUGCCAAAUCUAUCAAUGAUAGGCUACAAGGUCAAAAGAGAAAGACAACACAGUCAUGUUCAUCUGAAGCACGGUUACGCCUGGCUUGCAAUCGAUGUCACGCCCAAAAACUAAGAUGUCUACGCUCUGAAGGCGCAGAGCCCGGGAGUAAAUGUGAACGUUGUCGACGCGCAUCCGUUCCCUGCGUUUACAGCCCUCCGAAUCGUAUAGGGCGACCUGCAAGAUCGGGAUUAUCAUCCACGACUUCAUCUGCCGGUUCUUCAAAGCCGGACGGCCCAGGUAGCCCACGAAAUGCUCCUCGGCGGUCAUCGUCCAAUUCCCCACUACCCCCGAGCCCUCAACCACUCUUCAUUUCUCAUCAGGGAACUGCUGUUGACUCGCUGGCCGAUGAUUCCGGGAUGUUUGAUUUUCACAUGGAUGAAUCCAAUGUUAAAGUUGAUAUGCUAUCAUUUUAUCAUGAUAAUACGCCAUUUUUAGAGGGCCCCGCAGCUCUACUAGCGGAGAAUAUAUCUAUGCAAGGGGAGAUAUCUCAAAACAUAACGAUCUCGUCAUGUACCAAUGGAACUAGCGACGUAUCAUCUGGAGAUCGAUUCUCGACCACUGAGAUAGCUCCCGAUAACCAUGUGCGGGAACUUACAGCAUUUGGGCUAGCACAAUAUGACCAACUUCGCCGCCUAGAGAGAAUGAGGAACUGCACUGGAAAUGAUAAACGGGGGGUAUUCGCGCGACUGCACAACUAUCCUAUACACGAUAUGCUGGAGCAGGUUCGAAGGCUCACCGAGCUCAUAACACAGCUGAUGUCUGUGCCAGAGUAUAAAGAUGGUCCAGGAGGCGAAUCUAUUCCGGACGUCGACUCUUCUUGUCUGUUGAAUGAGGAAUCCAUAACCAACGAUCUUUCUAACAUGCUAACACCCCAAUUUUCGGGCAUAUCCUAUCUUAGCUCCAGCGAUAACAGCAGCCGGCUGUCCCUGUCCAUACCAAGCAAGCCAACCCCAAUCGACACCUCCACGAUUCUUCUAUUUGUUGCCUGCUACCUCCGCCUUGCACGAGCUUUUGCCUGGUUCUUUACGGACCUUCAUACCCUUCUCCUUUUCCCCAGUGUCGUCGAACUCAUACCCUCAGAAGAGCGCCGGAUAUUUCCAGGCCUAAAGCUAGGCUCAUUUCAAUCAUAUGUGGGAGUAGGACUAGAGAUAUCCAUCGUUGUUCAAGUCAGCGAGCGCAUGUUACAUCGUCUGCACGACUCUCUUGGCCUAUCCUGGAACCAGUGCGGUUCAGAGGGCCUUUUCAACGCUCACCUGCCAACAGGUGCAUGGAGCAACGCAGACACAAUCACUCCGGUUAUGAUGAAAGCCAUCCAGGCUCAGGAAAGAAUAGAUGCGCAGGAUGAGAGGGGAGAUACAUUCACAAGGUUAUUAUUGAUAAUGGAGAAUGUUAAAGGGCUAAUUAAAACACAGCCACUAUUGUGA